AUGGCGGGGCAGAUCCGGGACAAGGACUGCCCCAAAGCCCACUGCCUGAAGCGGCCAACCGACGCCGCCAAGGUCUUGGAGUACUGGUCCCCCGCUCCUCUGCCUAAGGGGGACCCUGGGAAGGACGCCACCGCCCCCGCCGAGCUGCGCCAGCUGGCGGAGGAGGAGGCCGAGUUCUCCUCCGACUCCUCCGUGGGGAGCGAGCCAGAGGUGGAGAUCACCAGAGCCUCAGGGCCGCCACCGUCGGCCGCCCUGGGGAGGAAAACGCGCCGCGCCGUCAGGAAGAUCCAGCUGUUGAAAGCUGGGUUGGCGGCGGCACAGCAAGCGCUGAAGAGCUCGACCCGCAAGGGGGCGAGCAAAGUCCGGGGGGCAUCGGCGCCCCCGGCCACCACUGAGGUGGGGUCGGCGCUGGGCGGCCCCCUAGUCGAGGAGGAGGCGGCCCAAUCGCUGAUCCAGCUACGCGGGGAAGUGGCAUCCCCGCACGCUGGCUCUAGAACUCCGUCGGCCGCGCCGUUGAGGCUGAAGUUCCCGCUGCAUCGUAGUGGCGGGGCGACGCUCAGCGAUGCCAAGAGGAAGGCGGAGGAGUCGUCCAAUGAGGGCAGCUCCAGUGAUGCCGCAAAAUUGACCUCGCCGCGGGCGAGCCCGGUGAAGGGCCGAGCCCGCCGCGAGGAGGAGGUGGAGGCCAACAACAGGGUCUCCCCUCCUCCCCGCAAUGUGGAGAUGCAGGACCCGCCCCGCGAUGAAGGGGCGGUGAACGUUAGGGCCGGGGCCUUAGAUGUCCUGGCCAUCAAGGAGGUCAGGGCCGCUGAGGUCCCGGCCAUCGAGGCGGAAAGGGCCCGAGCCGAGCCCACCGAGGUGGUCAGGCCCCCGCCGGCGAAGGAGGAGGCCGAGGAGGACGAAUCACUCGGCAGGCACAUGGUCGAGUGCGCCAAGCUGAUCCACGAAUGGGCUCUUGUGGAUAUGUCGGAACAGGCCACCCAGGAGCUGGCCAGGGGGAGCGCCGCCCUCGGUCAGGUGGCGGAGCUCGAGGCCAGGGUGGCCGAGCUAGAGGCGCGGAGCCACCAUCUGAAGGCCGACAAGGUCAAGGCCGAGGAUGCUCUAUGCAAGGAGAAGCGCGAUAUAGCUGGAGGCCUGCACCAAGGCCAACGAGGAGCUGUAGAAGCUCCGAGAGAAGCGGAGGAGCAGGUGGCGCAGGGCCGGGCGACACUGGAUCGCCUGAGCAGGCCACUGGAGGCGCUGCUCGGGGCUUUUGAGCCCGAGGGCGUGGCGGCUGCCGAGAGCCUGGCUAAGAGGCUAGAGGCAUCCCGCGGCCGACUGGAGGCCUUCAUCCAGGGAGCUGCCGAGAAUGCUGUGCAGCACACCCUGGGUCUUGUGAAGACCCAUCUCCCUGAAGCGGACCUGGACCCAGUGGGAGAUGACAUCCCCGAAGACUGCUUGGAUGCCGAGUGGGAGGCCAACCACGCCGCCGUCCUGGAGAUCGCCGAGCGCGUCGUGGCCGAGCGGUAG